UCUAUCAACCGAUGACAGUCUCUCUCCUAUUUAUUUGCUUAUAAACCUGUUACAAUAAAUGAUCAUUCGAACCGCGUCACGCGCACCUUUAACGACGAAGGCGCAAACCACUUUUUGAUGAAUGACUUUCUGGAGCAGAGAGGAUGCGCGGGUCAUUUUGAGCAGUCAUUCGUUGCCCACACUGGCAUUCCUCUGUUUUUAGCUUCCAGCUCAUAAAGGUGUUAUAUUAUUUAGAGGCGGCAGCUGAGCUGAAUGCGGAUUAGAUCCGCCACCAGUCAUCGGAGCACCAGCCCUGGGACUUUGGAUAUUUUCUGCACGACUUCAUGAUGGAGAGGAUAAGAAAAGAAAUGAUUCUGAUGGAAAGGGGACUACACAGUCCAGUGGCAGGAAAGAGGCUCUCUGACUCGGCCGGGAACGCGGUGCUUGAGGCCCUGGAAAAUUCUCAGCACGCAGGUCGCCUCAGUCCGAGAAUAACUUCAGCCUCGCUACACGGUAAUCUCGGGGAUAUUCCCACCAAAGGCAAAUUCGAAAUCGACAGCUUAUUCGGAAACCACCACAACGACAAUACCUCCUCCACAGAGGUUUCAUCCUCCGAAAACAGGAAGAAAAUAAACCUGUACCCUGAAGUUUCUCCUGACUCCGAUAUGAACAGCGAUGUGGAAGUGGGUUGCCCGUCUCAUCGCUCACCGAGCAGUCUCAGCCAACAGAAGGAAAACAAUAGCAAAGGUUUUUCGGACAACAAUUCAGGGACCUUCAAUUCAAGUUCAUCAUCUCUGUCGAAUAUGAACGGCUCCAUCAGUAACUCCAGCAGCUCGAGCGCGGAUCAGGUGAGGAGAUACCGGACUGCGUUCACCAGAGAACAAAUCGGAAGACUGGAGAAAGAAUUUUACAGGGAAAACUACGUCUCAAGACCCAGGAGGUGUGAACUGGCCGCUGCAUUAAACUUACCCGAAACAACAAUAAAGGUGUGGUUUCAGAAUCGACGAAUGAAGGACAAGCGGCAGCGGCUCGCCAUGUCCUGGCCACAUCCCGCCGAUCCCAGCUUCUACACCUAUAUGAUGACGCACGCGGCCGCCACCGGAAGUCUGCCUUACCCUUUUCAUUCCCACAUGCCACUACACUAUUACCCCCAUGUCGGUGUCACGGCAGCAGCUGCCGCGGCAGCCGCCUCAGGAGCCGCUUCUUCACCUUUUGCUACCUCUAUUCGUCCCCUUGAUACUUUCCGAGCGCUUUCUCAUCCAUAUUCGCGCCCAGAGCUGUUGUGUAGUUUCCGGCAUCCAGGACUAUACCAGUCACCGGCAGGUUUGAACAGCUCGGCGGCGGCGGCAGCGGCGGCGGCGGCGGCCGCUGCAGCAGUCAGUGCGCCUUCAGCUACCGGGCCGUGCUCAUGUCUCAGCUGCCACAGCAGUCAGGCCGCCAGCGCACUAGGCUCCAGGAGCACCAGCUCUGAUUUCACCUGCACGGCGUCCGGCCAGAGGUCCGAGAGCGGAUUUUUGCCAUACUCGGCAGCAGUUCUCAGCAAAACCGCGGUGUCCUCACCGGACCACAGAGAAGAGAGCGCGCUCAAUAGAUAGCUCAGUACUGGCAUACACUUUUUCAUUUGAAGCACAUGCAAUUAUUAUUACUAUUAUUAUUUUAAGUUUAAGGGACAGCAUUUCCCGUAAGGUCUAUAAUGCCCAGAAUUAUAUUUAAAAUACACUGCUACGGAUAUCGAAGGCCUUUUAAACACACAGUAGCUAUUAAAACUGUAAGUUAUAUAAUGAGCAAGGCGGUCAUUUUUUAUAGUUUUAUUAUUUUUAUUAAAGUAAUUCUUUUAUUUCUUAUUGUUAUUUAUUUUUUUUUAAAGUAUGCAAAUAUUAUUUUCGAUUAGAUUUGAUCACGUCGUGCAGUACAGAGAAUAUACACUGGUUGUGCCACUUAUUCAUUGGUUAAGGGACCAAGCGCAAGAUGAUGCUAUUCUGAAAAGUGCUGCUCGAGGGACUCUCCCUGAUCUGAGUGUGGCGAAUAAAACCUGCACUAGCGCUACAAUGUCAAUUCUGCUGUUAAUAAUGUGAAGAUUAUGACGAAAAUUUUCAAUCAUGUACCUUGAUAGACCUCCUUUGAAUGUGGAAAUGUAAGAAAGUUCCCGUUCUGAGACUCGCUGUCAAAGCAUAACAACCCGCUGUGGGAAGUCAUUAGACAAGAUAGACCUGGAGCAUUUCGCAUUGUUCUUGGUGUGUAGAUUGUACAGUAUUAAACGUGGUAUUCGUUACCUGAGAAUUCUUUUUUUAUAUAUAUAAUAAAAAAAAAGAAAAAAGGACAAAAAAAAAUCCCCUUUCCACCGAGUCCUAUUUCCAAUCUUGUUUUUGGGACGUUGGUGGGCCUGGGUAGAGUUUCUCUCAGAGAUGUUCCACUGACGCGAGCAGUCUCAUUAAAUCCAAACCGAUAUUUCCAUAAUACUCCCAGUAGAGACUCUUCACUCACAAUAUAAUGGGAUUAUCCACACAACCCCAAACUUCAGACAAAUUGCUCAUGCAUUUCUGUCUGCAUACAUUUAUUUUUAUUUAUUUAUUUUUUUUGUCACUGGGCGCAAUUCUGCCUUACAUAAAACCACAUUCAAAAAUAGCGAAAUAGCUUGUACAGAUCAAAUAGUGAGAUAUUUUGUCAUAACACGCAUUGUUACGUUUAAAAUGCAAUAAACCACGUUUUUUUUUUUUUUUUUACUUUCAUUUGAAAUUGUUGACUGCACAAAAAAACCUACCCCUUUUUAUUUAUUUAUUUAUUGUUAUUAUUAUUUAUUUAUGUGACUGGCUGGAUGUUUAUUUAAUGUUAGGAUUAAACCGUUUUUAUAGGUAGGCAACUCAAGGUACAGAACAAUUUAAAAGCGAAGAAACAUUAGGCCUCAAAUCAUGUUGCAAGACAUAAUUUUCACUCACUGUAUAUAAAGCAUAAUGCAUUUGCUGUUACCGUUUCAAAUGAAUGAAAAAAAAAAAUUCCGAGUUGUGGCGCGGGGCUGCCGUCUGUUCAAUAAAUGACAAAACUAAAAUCCCAGUGUUUUGCUCCUCUCCCAAGGGUUGUCGUGAAACACAACUCUGUACAUUACGUCUCUGUAUUUUACAUAUUGCCGACUGUAUGAAUUUUCAUAUUUUCACUUGAG